AUGGCGGGGUCGCCACAGCGGCAUCGCCUCGCCGUCCUCCUCGCCGGGCUCGCGCUCCGCGUGUUCUCUCCGACGGCCGCGGCUGCUACGGGUCUCCACCCCUCGCAAGCGGCGGUGCUGGCGGAGUGUCAGGGGCAGUGGCGGUCGCAGCUGCGCGGAUGGAGCAAGGGGGGGGACUGCGCGCAGGUGGAGGGCGUGCGCUGCAAUGCGGCUGGCUUCAUCGUCUCCCUGUGCGUGCUGCAUGCCGCCUAUACUGGGUUCACUUAG